AUGGGUUGCCUUUGGGCAGCGGCGCUGGCCAGAGCGGGCACUGAAACUCGGCUCUUGCUUCGGCCUGGCGCGGCCAAGUUGACAAUGUGCCAUUCGGGGAAAGCCCUCCUGAGAGUACAGGGGUGCCAGGACCUUGAGACCAUGUCAGUUGCUGUCCCAAUUGAAGAAGUAUCAGGAAGUGGAGUAAGUGGAGCAGAUGUUGGCGAGCUGGUUGUAGUGACAAAGGCUUACUCGGCCAUGCGUGCCUUAGAAACCUUGGCUCCCCGCUUAAGGCGCGAUGCUGUUAUCGUGGUGCUCUGCAACGGAGCACUGGCUCUACAUGAGCAGAUUGUCAAGACCGCAUGUUUGGAUAACACGCAGUUAAUCUUAGGGAUCACAACUCAUGGUGCAUGGUCCAGGGGUCCCUUUGAGGUGGUUCAUGCAGGACGGGGGCAGACAAGGUUCGGAACACUGGGAGCUGUCCAGCCAGAAUUGUACAAAUCCACGCUGAAGCGCUUGGAGACUGCUGGCUUGGGAGCAGUGGAUGAAGGCCCCAACAUCGAGCGCUCCUUAUGGCUGAAACUGGCCGCUAACGCCGCGAUCAAUCCAUUGACUGCCCUCGAAGAGAAGCCCAAUGGCUUCAUACUUUCCUGUGCCCAUGCACGCAAGCAUGUAUCCCAAAUAUGCCGUGAGGUUUCUGCACUAGCAGACACAUUGCUUCGGAGCCGUGGCAGUGCUUUGCAGCUAUCUGCAGAGGACCUGGAGGACUUCGUCCUCCAAACCGUACGCGAAACAGCAGAGAAUCGCUCUUCCAUGAUGCAAGACGUGCAAGCCGGAAGGCCUACAGAAAUUGACUUUCUGAAUGGGUGGGUCUCAUCCAAGUCCCAAGAGAUGGGUAUGGAAGCUGAAGUGAACACGCGCACGACUUCCAUGAUCCAGGCGAAGGAGGACGGUUUCGAUGUCGAAGACUUCAAAGCCCAGAUUCACAAGGAAGGUUGCAAAAAGCUCCAUAUCGUGGACGUAUAUACAGCCUGGUGUGGCCCUUGCUUAUCUAUAGUUCCUACCUUCAAGAACCUUCAGCUGAACGUUGAUGCCUUCGAGGAUCGAUGCACCAUCACGCAAGCUGACAGGAAUGUCCUGCCGGAGUUCGAAGAGCGUUUUCCAGAGACUAGCAAGCCUCGAUUCCUGUUCUACAAAGGUGGAGAAGAGGUAAUGCAGAUUGAAGGCCUGAAAGCGCCAGAAAUUCUGAAGUUCAUUGAGGAGAACCUGCCAGCCAUAGAGACGGAGGCGCAACCUGCGGCUUCUGCCGCUGCCAACUCUGCCAGCGCUCACUUGACUAAGAAGAUCCAGAAGGCCCUGACGCUUCGAAUUGAUUCUCAGCAGUCAAGGGAUGCGCUCAAGUGCCUGUCUGGGUUCUUCAGCGAAAACACAGUCCACACAAGGAGGAACUUGCGAUCCAGCAUCGAAGGCGAGAAUUUGUUCUUGCACAAGGAGUUCGUAAAUGCUUUCGGGGCUCUCGAAAGCCAGCUGGAGGGGUUGGACCGUUUGGUUGAUCGGCUGGAUGGGGCAGUGCAGCGUGCAACUAACCAACUGAAAGCAAGUCGCUCUGAGACACAGGCAAGCUUGGAGAAGGCAGCUGCGCUGCGCAAGGAGUCGGUGUCCAUUGAGCUCAAGCAGCAGGUCUUGGACAAGUUCUUGACCCGCUUUCGAUUGUCAGAGGCGGACACGCAAGUGGUGCGAUCUGGCGACAGACCUCUGGACGAUGACUUCUUCACUGCCUUCGAAAGACUCGAGCAGGUGCGUGCUAAUGCGCGCCAUAUGCUCAGUACCAGCGGCCAGCAAACCUCUGGGGUCGACAUCUUGCACGAGACGUCAGAGGUCUUGGAGGCCUCUUACGAGCGCAUGUUUGUGUGGGAGUCGACCUCAGAAGUGCCAGAGUAG